GGGGAUCCCCGUGCGCCCAGUGCCGUUUCCGCCCGGUCUGGGGAGAAGCCGCCGCUACCGCUGCCAGGGGGAGGGGCUGGUGCUGCGGCCGCCGCCGAGGGCUUGAUCCCGCCGGCUGCUCAGGAGACGCCGUGGCGUUGAGCCGGGCCUAGUGCCGAGCGGGGGCCCGGGGAACGGGCCGGCCAGGUUUCCCCAUGUCCGUGACGUGUUGGCCGAGGCUCUGCGGCUCCUCUCCGCCCUCGGAGCGGCCAGUCGCUGCCCUCUGGACUCCGUGAUCCCCGACGGGCGUCAUGAGCAUUGCAAUCCCUCUGGGAGUCACCACACCAGAUACGUCCUACUCCGACAUGGCUGCAGGAUCAGACCCAGAGUCUGUGGAAGCUAGUCCAGCUGUCAGUGAGAAGAAUGUGUACUCCAGCCACGGCUAUGGGGCCACCCAGAAACACAGCUAUCGCGGGCUGCCUUACGCAGAUCAUAAUUAUGGAGCCCCUCCUCCUCCAACGCCACCAGCCUCUCCUCCUGUCCAGACCAUUAUACCUCGUGCAGAACUGAACGGCCUGCACUCGCCUGAUGAGGAGAACUCUGGGGACAGUGAGAGCUCCUCAGAAGGAGAAUCAAUUCCCACUUGGUGCCACUGCAGUGUCUCCCAAGAUGGUUUCCUUCUCAAGUGUGAAAAGUGCAGAGGAAUGAGCAGGGGGAAGGUGAUCAGACUUCGCCGCCGGAAGCAGGACAACGUGUCAGGUGGGGACAGCAGUGCAACUGAGAGCUGGGAUGAAGAACUGUCUCCUUCUACAGUGCUGUACACAGCUACGCAGCACACCCCUACAAGCAUCACACUGACUGUCAACCGUGUCCGGAGAAGCAAACCUAAGAAGAGGAAGAGGAAUACAGAAAAAGCUCGUGCCGCUCCCAAGGCCAAGAAAAUCAAGGCCUUUCGAGAGGGCUCACGAAAGUCUCUGAGGAUGAAGAAUUCCCCUUCUGAAGCACAUGCCUUGGAUGAAAACACAGCUGAAGGGUGGGAGAAUCGAAUCCGCCUCUGGACAGAUCAGUACGAGGAAGCCUUUACUAACCAGUACAGUGCGGACGUGCAGAACCUGUUGGAGCGGCAUCUAAACUCUAAUAAAGAAUUCGUGGGCAAAACUGCCAUGCUAGACACAAUCAACAAAACAGAGCUGGCCUGCAAUAAUACUGUUAUUGGGUCCCAGAUGCAGCUGCAGUUGGGAAGGGUGACUCGGGUACAGAAGCACCGGAAGAUCCUGAGGGCAGCAAGAGACUUGGCACUAGAUACCCUUAUAAUUGAGUAUCGAGGGAAGGUUAUGUUACGACAGCAGUUCGAGGUCAAUGGGCAUUUCUUCAAAAAGCCAUAUCCCUUUGUGCUGUUCUACUCCAAGUUCAAUGGCGUUGAAAUGUGCGUUGAUGCCCGCACCUUUGGUAACGAUGCCAGAUUCAUCCGGCGCUCCUGCACUCCAAAUGCAGAGGUUCGUCAUGUGAUUGCUGAUGGGAUGAUCCACCUGUGUAUCUAUGCUGUUGCCACCAUUGCCAAGGACACAGAGGUUACCAUCGCCUUUGACUAUGAGUACAACAUCUGCAGCUAUAAAGUGGACUGUGCGUGUCACAAGGGGAACCGGAAUUGCCCUGUGCAGAAACGUAGCCCAAAUGCUGCAGAACACCUACCUCCACCUGUUUUAGGCACACUGAUGGGGGCAGAAACACGCCGGCGGAAAGCCCGGCGGAAGGAGCUCGAAAUGGAACAGCAUGGCAUUGCAUCAGAUGAGAACAGCAGUCAACAAACAGAGGAAGUUCCUGAGGCACCCGCAGCGGUCAGUGACAAUGAGGUAGCAGAGAAGGAGGAGAAACAAGAAGAGGAGAAAGAGGAGCCUGUAGAUGAACAGGGGGCCUUGGUCCACAGCCGACGGACCCGGGAAGACAGGAAGGUGGAAGCCAUCAUGCACAUGUUUGAAAACCUGGAAAAGAGAAAGAGGAGACGAGAGCAACCCUUAGACCGUAACAGCACUGAUGCUGAAAACAACGUCAAUUCUGAUGCUCCUGAGGUGGAGGAAGUAAAAACAGAGACUCCAGAAACCGAAGAUGGAAGUUUAGCACCGAGUGCUGCUGCUCCAAAUGUUUCUAACAACAACAGCAGUACUGGGGUGAACACACGUCGGUCUUCACAAGCCGCGGAGGCUGUCCCUGAAAAGGCAGUAACUAAACCAGCUCCAGCAAAACCCUCCAGACCCCGACCAAAAAGUCGCUUCUCUCGAUACCGGACCAGCUCAGCACAAAGACUGAGAAGGCAGAAACAAGCCAAUUCCCAGCAAGCUGAACUUGCACAGGCUGUCCCAGAGGAAGGGAGCACUGCCAACUUGGUAACCGCAACAGAUGUCAGCAACGUAGAAGGUCCAGGAGAAGGCAGACAGUUGACAGGAUCUGACCCAACUGCUAUCCUGACUGCGGGAUCUCAGUCUAAUCGAGCUGCAGUGAAGUACCCCAAGACUAAAAAGUAUCUAGUUACAGAAUGGCUGAAUGACAAGGCAGAGAAGCAGGAGUGCCCUAUUGAGUGCCCUCUGCGCAUUACAACAGACCCAACAGUUCUGGCGACUACCCUAAAUAUGCUGCCAGGCCUCAUCCACUCCCCACUGAUUUGUACCACACCUAAACACUACAUUCGCUUUGGUUCACCCUUCAACCCUGAGAGACGUCGAAGGCCCUUUCUGUUGGAUGGAAUGUACAGCUCCUGUAAAAAGCGCUGGAUCAAACAAGCCCUGGAAGAGGGCAUGACUCAGACCUCACCAGCUCCGCCAGAGAACAGAACCCAAUGUCUAUACCAAAGUAACGAGAACAGCAGUUCUUCCAGCAUCUGCAAAGAUGACACAGACUUGCUGAGUCCCUUGAAGAAAUGGAAAUCUCGCUACUUGAUGGAGCAGAACGUUAAGAAGUUGCUGAGGCCACUGUCUCCUGUCACUCCUCCACCACCCACCUCUUCAGUUCCUGGCUCAGCAAGCCCACAGCUGGCUACCCCAUGCUCGUCGCUGCCAGGAGAGGAGGAGAGUCGCAACGGUUACGGCGUGAUGUUCUCACCCAUUCCUUCUCUGGCUGCUAGUCGCUGCAAUACUCCACUACAGUUCGAGCUCUGCCUCCGAUCGGACCUGGAUUCCAGUGCAAACGCCUGCUCAGAACGGCCGUCGCUGCUCAGCUUUGGAUCCUCUGAUUUGGCUCCACAACCCUCCAUAAACUCUAAUUCAGAGAUGAACUUCCCAGGGAAAAGUGGGGAAGCACAGAUGCUGCUACGAAGCUCUGAUCAGGCUUUUCGGACAGAGUUUAAUUUAAUGUAUGCCUUCUCCCCACUGAACGCUAUGCCACGUGUGGACGGGUUGUUGCGGGGAUCUGCUCCUUCGGGAGAGAGGAAGCCAACAAAUUCGGAAGCAGGAUGUUGCAGCUCUCCUGCUGAAGGGUAUUUCAGCAGACAUGAGUCAGGGCUGCUCAAAGAGACAGUGCAUGGAUCCAUGUCUCCCUGCAGUGAGAGAGCUUGUGAAGGUGUCAGAUCUGCUCCCCAGAAUCCACCACAAAGGAAGAAGGUGUCUCUACUAGAAUACCGCAAGCGGAAGCAGGAAGCCAAGGAGGGCGGCGACUCGGUGCGCUGUGCAGGGACUCCUACCCGACAGGGCAGCACCAGUUCAGUGACUGACACUGAUGGCAACAGCCUGUCGGGCUCCGUAGUACGAACCCCAUCCUCCCCACAAAGUGGCUUCUCCCCUUCUCAUCCUUCCCUGCCUCAUGUAGAGGACAUCAGCCCACCAGACUCGAGGGGUGCUAGUUCCUCAACAUCACUCAGCAAAUCCCAGGAGAACAUCAGCAGUAGGUGGAUGGUGCCAACGUCAGUGGAGAGGCUUCGAGAGGGCAGAGGCAUACUGGAGAAGGUGCUGCGAAGCGGUGCGAAGGUAUCGCAGAGAAACGAAUCCUCACCCACCUGUGACAGUGCUGUCGAGAGAGAUGCAGACACAGCAGGAGGAGACACUCCAGAAGCCCACAAAGGACCAGCAGUGUACAGUCCUUCACGAUACAGCUACCAGCUCCUGCAGUCUGACAGUCCCCAGGCAGAAUCACAGACCCUUCUCCAGCAGAGCUCCUCCCCCUACAGAGGACACCUUGCUCAGUCUCCUGGAUACAGCUAUCGAGCAGCAGCACAGAGGACAGGACACAGCCUCUCUCACAGUUCCUCAGAAACACCCCUCUCCUCCGCCCCGUACUCCAGCUCAGCCCACUCAAUCUCCACAGACUCUUCUGCCCUGUUUGCAGGGAAUUCGGGGUAUUACAGCAGCCAGCAGCACUCUGGCAGCAGCAGUGGCAGCCUCCUGAAGAAGGGCUGCCCUGCUGCUGCCAGCCCAGCACAGCAGACGGCUGUGGACUCUCUCUCCUCUGAGUCGGGCUCCCAGCCGUGCACGGGCGCGUCGGGCUCCGCCUCUGCUCCCCCCAGCGCUAGGUCACUACAGUCAGACUUGCGGACUAUCAGCCUGCCCAGCUCUGGGCAGUCUGUUCUCUACCAGGGCUCCCGGGGGGCAGUGAUUUCCAAUGCACAACACUAUCCACACCGUGGGGGAAGCAGUGUCCAUCAGUACAGACUUCAGCAGCUUCAAGGUUCUGGAGUAAAGACUCAAACAGGACUUUCCUAGGGCUGCCUGGACUCCAGGAGGAUGAAACUGCCCAUAGCUCCUUCCACUCACCUCUGGAAGUGGCUCCUGGGCCAGUGUUGGGAGCUUGCACCUGAUGCUGGGGUGCCAGGGGUCAGAGGCUGGGGUCUGAAAUGCACAGGUGAGAUCUGUGAGCAGUAUUGGCCUCUGGCCUUGUAAGAGAAUGCAGAUCUCUCUGAGGCAGAGACUGUAGCAAAGCUGUUCCCUGGUGCGUGGGUACAUUGCAAAAAAAACCCAACCACAAACAAAACAAAACACAACACACAAAAGCAAAUGGUUCAAGUGCAAUGACUGUGGUGCAGCCUCUGUCUCUUGUCCGUGCCCAUGGCCAUAGUCACUCGUGCAGCAUGGGCCUCAUCUUGAACACGAAAGCAGAUUAAAGAAAAUGUUGGGGGAAGUUGAACUCCAAUCCCAAAGUUCUCUUUAUAGGUCAGGUUCUCGGUGCGUUCUGGGGAGGGCUUUAAUCCGUUACGAUCAUUCCAGUCACGAGCAGACAAGCGCGCACCGCUGCCUUCGGGCCUGGGUCACGACUGCCGCGGUCGGAGCUUUUCCCAGGACCAUGGAAUCUCCACAAAUGUGAACUAGCAUGGGGGAGGGAGUUGGAGCAUGCGUGUGCCUGUCGCUGCAAAGGAUCUGGGAUGCGCUGCUGCCUGCCGCUCUGGUGGGGGCCAUCGCCGCGGGUCCGAGCGGGAGCGUUGCUGGGGCGGCUGCUGCCACGUGCCGCUGCCCUGCCGGGCGGUCCCUGGGAGCAGGCCGGGGCUGGGUAAGUAAAGUGAUGCUGAGGCACGCAGGGGGCCUGGCUGAG